AUGAUGAACACAAGCAUCAAGCAAGACAAAGUGCUGAAAAUACUUGGAGUAUCCAUUGAUGAGAACUUGGAUUUCAGUCAUCAUGUUAGCUCAGUGUGUAAAAGAGCUGCCAAGAGAGUCGGUGUCCUAACUCKUCUUCGUAACAUGUUACCUGUAAAAGCAAAGCUAAAGAUAUACAAGUCUGCCAUACUGCCAAUACUGACCUACUGUCACACAGUAUGGCAUCAUUGUCGUGCUUCGGAUAGGAGAAAGUUGGAGCGUGUACAGGAGCGAGCCCUAAGAGCUGUGUAYUGUAAUAGGACUAGUGAUUAUGCAACACUCUUGAAAUGGGCUAACCCAAGUACUCUGAACGAUCGUAGAUUACAAGAWAUAGCUAUACUUAUGUAUAAAGUUAAAAAUCGUUUAAGCCCUUCCUAUGUUACUGACUUAUUUGAUCAGUCCAGUUGCAGAUAUAAUCUUAGGAAUUCUGACUUCAUCAUACCAAGAUUUAAUACAGUCAAUUUCGGAAAACACAGCAUAAGAUAUCUCGGACCAGUYUUAUGGUCUAAGCUUAAGAGGAACGUUAAGUCAUUAGAUACCCUAAGUAAAUUUAAAAGACACAUAAGAACACUUAACUUAGGUGACCUCAUGAGUGACAAUUGCCAAAACUGCCUCUUAUGCGCAACCUAG